UGGCAGACGGUCCAGCUCCCUCCUCGCGGCCUCCUGAUGCUCAUCGACAGCCCAGCUUGGUCCUUGGCCCUGCCUGUUGACCAGAAGGAGUGGGCCGCCUGAACCCCAGGGAGGACGAGGGGCGCUCCAGCCGGCGGAGUCGGGGUGCCCUCCGCAGCCCCACAGGUGCCAGUCCCGCCCCCACCAUGGGGCUGACCUGGAAGCAGCGGGUCUUCACGGCUCUGCUGGGUGCUGCAGCGGUCUCAGGCCUCACCGCGCUCCUUCUCAUCCUGGUGGGGACCAUCAACGUCCUCCUGCCCCCAGACACCAAGUUCGGGAUCGUGUUCGACGCCGGGUCCUCCCACACAUCCCUCUUUGUGUAUCAGUGGCCGGCCAACAAGGAGAACGACACGGGUGUGGUCAGCCAGGCCCUGGCCUGCCAGGCGGAAGGGCCUGGAAUCUCUUCCUACGCCUCCGACCCUGCGCGGGUCGGCGAGAGCCUGCAGGGCUGCCUGGAGGAGGCGCUAGCACUGAUCCCAAAGGCCAAGCAUCAUGAGACACCCAUGUUCCUGGGGGCCACUGCCGGCAUGCGGCUGCUCAGCCACAAGAAUCGCUCGCAGGCAGAGGACGUCUUCGCCGCGGUCAGCCGGGCCCUGAGCCAGUCCCCGGCGGACUUCCGGGGCGCGGAGCUCCUGACGGGGCAGGACGAAGGCGCCUUUGGUUGGAUCACCGUCAACUAUGUCCUGGGCCUGCUGCUGAAGUACUCCUUCUCUGGAGAAUGGAUCCAGCCCCUGGAGGAGACGCUGGUGGGCGCCCUGGACAUGGGUGGGGCCUCCACCCAGAUUACCUUUGUACCCGGAGGUCCCAUCCUGGACAAGACCACCCAGGCCACCUUCCGCCUCUACGGCACCGACCACACUGUCUACACCCACAGCUACCUCUGCUUCGGGCGCGACCAGGCGCUGAGCAGGCUCCUGGUCGAGCUGGUGCAGGCCAGCCCAGGCCUCCUGGUCCGCCACCCCUGCUACCACAGCGGCUACCGGGACACACUGGCCCUGGCACCCCUGUACGACUCGCCCUGCAUCCCGGCAGCAGCGCCCCUGGACCUCAGCCAGAACCUCACCGUGGAGGGCACGGGGAGCCCCGGGGCCUGCGUCGAGGCCCUGCGGAAGCUCUUCAACUUCUCCAGCUGUGACGGCCGAGCAGACUGUGCCUUCGCCGGGGUCUACCAGCCCCCCGUGCAGGGCCAGUUCUACGCUUUCUCCAACUUCUACUACACCUUCCACUACCUGAACCUCACCUCCAGGCCAACACUGAGCGAGGCCAACGCCACUGUCUGGGAGUUCUGCCUGCAGCCCUGGAAGCUGGUGGAGGCGAGCGCGCCCCCGGGCCAGGACCGCUGGUUGCGGGACUACUGUGCCUCGGGCCUGUACAUCCUCACACUCCUGGUCGAGGGCUACGGGUUCAGCGAGGAGACCUGGGCCGGCCUCGAGUUCCGCCAGCAGGCUGGCGGCACCGACAUUGGCUGGACGCUGGGCUACAUGCUGAACCUGACCAACCUGAUCCCAGCCGAGGCGCCCGCGCAGGGGUGGGCGCAGAGCUUCAGCAUCUGGACAGCCGGGGUCGUCUUCGUGGUGCUGACACUUGUGGCCACGCUGGGGGCCGUGGCGGUGCACGUCUUCUGGCUCCAGGACUAGGCCAGCGGCCCCUGAUGCCGGCCGCCGAGACCCAGCGCCCAGCCUGGCCACCUGGGCCGGCCUGUCCCCAUCAGGAGCCUCGGCCCUCAUCCUGGGAGCUCCGGCCAGCCGUCAGACGACCUCCUUCUGCCCCUGGGGUCGCCCUGGCCCUGGAGGCUGCGGAGGUCCCGACCACAGCCGCUGGCUCCCAGCACCCCGGCCUAUCUCCCGGGAGCCUCUGCACAGAAGCCAGGCUGUCAGGACCCAUGCGGCCCCUGGACUGUUGACAGCAGACUGACGUGUGUAGGGCCAGCUCGGGCCUGGUGGGCCGGCUGUUUGGGAAGGGUUGGCCGUGGGCCGUGGGGUCUCCAGAAGAGCUGGUGUCCAGUUCCACGGGGUUCUCCUGAGCAGCCCACCCACACCCCUGGAAGCCUGGUCAGGCCCUCUCAGCGGUCAAGCCCAGAGACAGGUCACACGUGGGAGGCAGAGGCCUUUAUUAAACCCUCCCCGCC